UCUUUUCCUUUUUAAUGUUCUGGCCUAUGUAUUCACAGUCUUCUCUCCGCCGGUACCUUGGUAGCCCUAAAAGCAAAUAGUCUCAUUCCUACAUAAAGCUCCUGUCUUUACCACGCCACUCUUCUAAACAGCAUUCCUCCCACUCUCCCUUCUAUAUUCACCGAGUAUCUCUAUAAUAUUAUUUCUCCUCUUGGGUUUAUUGUAAAAAUUUAAGAAGAAAAUGUUCAUCCUUGCAAGCUAUUAUGUUUAACUAUCCCUUGUUCCAUAGUCUUAUUUCAUGAGCUUUUCUCGGGUUUUCGGAGGGAUUUUGAGGUCCUUUCAAUGGCGGAAAGUUUUGACUGUGUCACCUCAAACCUUCUAUGUUCAGAGAACAGUAAUACUUGUUUUGAUGGCUUUGAUUGCAAUGCCACUAAUGGGAUUGGGAUUUCCCCCUCUCGGAACAAGCAAAACAAUCAAACACACAAUCAAGACCCGAUUUUUGAUAUAAUUAGAUCCGAAUCCUUGGUGGGUUUUCCACUGCAAAGCGAAGAGAGGGUCAGAGAAAUGGUUGAGAGGGAGAGAGAGCAUUUGCCCAGGGAUGAUUACCUCAAGAGAUUGCGCAGUGGGGAUUUAGACUUGAGUAUUAGGAGAGAGGCCCUUGAUUGGAUUUGGAAGGCUCAUGCCCACUACAGUUUUGGACCACUAAGUGUUUGUCUGUCAAUGAACUACUUGGAUCGCUUCCUAUCAAUUUAUGAAUUGCCAAGAGGUAAAAGUUGGGCUGUGCAAUUGUUAGCUGUAGCUUGUUUAUCACUAGCAGCCAAAAUAGAGGAGACUAGAGUGCCUCAGUCGGUAGAUUUACAGGUGGGAGAACCAAAGGUUGUGUUUGAAGCUAAUACAAUAAAAAGAAUGGAGCUUCUGGUGCUGAGCACACUGGGUUGGAGAAUGCAAGCUUUUACCCCUUUCUCUUUCAUUGACUACUUCCUCAGCAAGACCAACAUUGUUCAGCAUCAAUUAACAUUGUCCCUCUCUAGAUCUGUACAGAUAAUAUUAAGUACGGUCAAAGGUAUUGACUUCUUGGAAUUCAGGCCUUCUGAAGUUGCUGCAGCAGUGGCUAUUUCUGUUUCAAAGCAAAUGCAGGCAGUGGACAUUGACAGGGCCAUGACUUGUUUCGUAUAUGUGGAAAAGGGAAGAGUGUUGAAGUGUCUUGAACUGAUGAAAGAUCUGUCAUUGAUUCAUGGGUCAGCUAAUGUGGCAAAUGCCUCAGCUUCAUCUGUGCCCCAAAGUCCCAUUGGGGUUUUAGAUGCUGCAUGCUUGAGCUAUAAAAGUGAUGAAUUAACAGUUGGUUCAUGUGCAAAUUCUUCACACAAUAGUCCUCCAGAUGCAAGGGGAAGUAACCAGGCAAAAGCAUCUGAAGUGGAGUUCAAGUCAUGAGAUGUGAAUUUUUCUCCUUCACACCCCAAGUCCCAGUCAGUUUGGUUGAAUGGGAGUUUUGGUGUGUGGUUUUGGAGGGGCCCCUCAGUUACAACGGAAGAUAGAAAUAGUUUUGAAUAAAUAAAUUAAAGAUGGAAAGCAAUUCCCAAGCUUUGGUGUUUUGGUGUCAUGCUUGCAGCAUGAGAGAAAGAAAGAGGAAACAUUUGGGUAGCUGUUUAUAAUCAGGAAUUCUCAAGCUAUCCAUAUAAAAAUAUAUAUUAAAAAUGGUGCUGGUGGUGGCUGCCAAGGUGGAUUAGUCUGCUGGUGCUUUUGAAAACACAGCUUUUUUUCUUGGUUGUUGUUGUAGCUUCCAUUUCAAAUGAGAGAAAAGGAAGCGAGGAAAAAAUACAGAGAGAGAGUGAGAGAGGAGAGAGAGGGAGGGAGAAAUGUCAUUAUAUUUCUAUUGAUAUUGUCGAUUCCUUUCUUCAAAAGAGAUUUUGACAACGUCCACUAAUCAAUUUUGAAAACACAAAACUAGUUUUGUCCCUUUGCCAUGGUGGAAGUAUCGUUUGAUGUGAUUGGGUCAAUGAAACGAUGUCGUGUUCGCUUAUUGUAACUUAA